AGAGACGCCCACAAAGACACGGUGUAGAGAGAGAGAGACAGAGCAAUACAAAUAGACAGCGAGAGAGAGGCUGCGUGUCCACAUCUGCACAUCGCGCCUUCCGCUGUGGAUCGCGGAUUACCAGAGUGCAGUUGAAAUCGCGGAUUACAGGUGUGCAGUUGAAAUCGUGGACUGAAAGAGUGCAGUUGAAAUCGCGGAUUACAAGAGUGCAGUUGAAAUCGCGUAUUACAGGAGUGCAGUUGAAAUCGCGGACUAAAAGAGUGCAGUUGAAAUCGCGGACUACAGGAGUGCAGUUGAAAUCGCGAACUACAGGAGUGCAGUUGAAAUCGCGGACUACAGGAGUGCAGUUGAAAUCGCGGAUUACAGGAGUGCAGUUGAAAUCGCGAGCUACAGGAGUGGAGGUGAAAUCGCGGACUACAGGAGUGCAGUUGAAAUCGCGGAUUACAGGAGUGCAGUUGAAAUCGCGGACUACAGGAGUGCAGUUUAAAUCGCGGACUACAGGAGUGCAGGUGAAAUCGCGGACUACAGGAGUGCAGGUGAAAUCGCGGACUACAGGAGUGGAGGUGAAAUCGCGGACUACAGGAGUGCCGGUGAAUCGCGGUCUACAGGAGUGGAGGUGAAAUCGCGGACUACAGGAGUGCGGGUGCCUGAGGCGUCGCGGCGAUGCCCCUGAAGACGGAGACGCUGAGGAGCGUGUGGGGCAAGGAGACGUUGUUGGAAAAUGACGGAGCGGCUGUUAACAAGGAGAAACUCGACACACAGAAGCAGCGGCCCAAGCCGAACGAGCAGCAGCCGCUGCUGGUGCAGCCCAGCUCCGUUGGGCAGCGCGAGGGCAGCGCCGAGGUGGCGGGAGGGGGCAGCGGCAGCAGCGGCAAGGGGGGGAAGCAGCGACGGGCGCGCCGCUCGGAGGAGAGAGCGCCCCUCGUGGAGACCCCCAACGGAGCGAGCAACGGCGAGAACGCGACAGACACAGCCGACGACGCGACACACAGCACACAACACGCAGCACACACACACAACACGCACACAUCACACACAACACUCACACACGCAGUGAAAUGA